GCGCGUUUUCUGUUGUUUUGCGCCACUCGCGGAAGCCAUUUCAUUUCGGUUCAGUGCUAGUGAACGAACUUACGUGAUUUUAUUCAAAUAAAUUUUAAGUUUAAUUGUGAAACAGUUCAGGUAUUAAUCCUAGUUAAGCUUGUUUUUGUGCUUCACAAUUAUGGCCGAUGAAGAUCAGCGUAUUCGAGAUAUCCAGCGAGAAUAUUUGGACUUUCUGGAUGAUGAGGAGGACCAAGGAACCUACACGGCUCAUGUCCGUAAGAUGGUUACGGAUAAUGCAAAACGCUUGGUGGUGAAUGUAAACGAUCUUCGCCGUAAGAACCCUGCCCGCGCACAAGCUUUGCUCAACAGUGCCUUCGAUGAGCAGUUUGCGUUCUCUCGUGCCCUCAAGGAAUACGUGUCCACCGUGGAUCCGAGCUACGCUAAGACACAAGAAGAUUUCUUCGUAGCUUUUGAAGGAAGCUUUGGAAACAAGCACGUUACGCCACGAUCGUUGACAUCCAAAUAUCUGGGAAGUUUGGUAUGCGUGGAAGGCAUCGUAACUAAAGUAUCCUUGAUAAGGCCCAAGGUAGUCAAGAGUGUCCACUACUGCGCUGCGACCAAGAAGGUUAUGGAACGUCGCUACACGGACUUGACUUCUUUUGAGGCAGUGCCAUCGAGUGCGGUUUAUCCCACGAAAGACGAAGAUGGUAACGUUCUCGAGACAGAAUUUGGUCUGUCAGUUUAUAAGGAUCACCAGACGUUGAGUAUCCAAGAAAUGCCGGAGAAGGCUCCUGCUGGUCAAUUACCGCGGUCGGUUGAUGUGAUUUGUGACGAUGAUUUAGUCGAUCGUUGCAAACCAGGUGAUCGUGUGCAAAUUGUUGGUAACUAUCGUUGUUUGCCUGGAAAACAGGGUGGAUACACGACGGGUACCUUCCGGACGAUUCUGAUUGCUAAUAACAUCUCACAGUUGAACAAGGAAAGUACAUUGAGCGUGACUCGAGAAGAAAUCAAUUUGUGCAAGAAAUUAGCUAAGCACAAUGACAUCUUCGACAUACUUUCCAAAAGCUUGGCUCCUUCAAUUCAUGGACAUGAAUACGUCAAAAAAGCCAUCUUGUGCUUAUUGCUUGGUGGAAUCGAGAAAAAUUUGGCUAACGGCACCCGUCUUCGAGGUGAUGUCAACGUGCUGUUGAUAGGCGAUCCAAGUGUGGCCAAAUCGCAGCUGUUGCGUUAUGUGCUGAAUACGGCUCCGCGUGCCAUCACUACCACUGGACGCGGUUCCAGCGGUGUAGGUUUGACCGCUGCUGUUACAACUGAUCAGGAAACAGGCGAACGACGUUUGGAAGCCGGUGCCAUGGUGUUGGCCGACCGGGGAGUCGUUUGUAUUGAUGAAUUCGAUAAAAUGAGUGACAUCGAUAGAACUGCCAUCCACGAAGUCAUGGAACAGGGUCGUGUAACUAUUUCCAAAGCGGGAAUACAUGCCGCUUUGAAUGCGCGCUGCUCGGUUUUGGCCGCUGCCAACCCGGUCUACGGAAGGUAUGACCAGUAUAAAACCCCCAUGGACAACAUUGGCCUUCAAGAUUCAUUGCUCUCCCGUUUCGAUUUGCUGUUCGUCAUGUUGGACGUCAUUGAUAGCGAUCACGAUAGGAUGAUUUCCGAUCACGUGGUUCGCAUGCACCGUUAUCGCAACCCGAAGGAACAGGAUGGCGACGUGCUGCCAAUGGGCGUCAGCGCGGUGGACAUGCUGUCCACGAUCAAUCCGGAAACUCGUGACGAUAAGGAAACUCCUAUGUACGAAAAGUAUGAUCCCCUUUUGCACGGCAACACCCGUAAGAAGACGGAUCAAAUUUUGUCCGUCGAUUUCAUGCGAAAAUACAUCCACAUCGCAAAGUGUCUGAAGCCGAAGCUAACAGAAGCUGCCUGUGAACUGAUUUCCAAUGAGUACUCUCGUCUUCGAUCGCAAGACUUGAUGGAUUCGGAUGUGGCCAGGACACAACCGGUUACCGCUCGUACUCUGGAAACCUUGAUUCGUUUGUCGACCGCCCACGCUAAGGCUCGGAUGGCCAGAACGGUUGCAGAAAAAGACGCCCAGGCGGCGAUCGAGUUGAUUCAGUUCGCCUACUUUAAGAAAGUCUUGGAGAAAGAAAAGAAGAAGCGAAAGCGUGCUGAAGACGAUUCUGAGGGCGAAGAACAAGAGGAAGACGACGAGGUGGAUGCGCUGUCGAACACUCAAAGCUCCAGGAGCAGUCGCCGUGCAAAGCGUACUCGAACCGACGAACACGAUGAAUCUGAUAGUGAGGAGAUUGUCACGUCGGCACCGGAUGCGGGUGAUCUCACUAAGAGGCAGACCAUCUCGACUCCUGGAACAAGCGGUACAACCCAAUCUUCGGUUCCAACCGAUAGCGAAGAAACCGCAGAAAUAUCCGAUGAAAGAUUCAAGAUAUUCAAGCAAGGUGUUUCUCAGGCGUUCCGACAGGCUCGGGAUCAGUCGCUGGCAGUGGCUCGUCUCACAAAGUACAUCGACGAAAACAGUGGAUCGGAAGCAUUCUCCCAGGGAGAAGUGAAGGCGGCCAUUACGCGGAUGACUGACGACAAUCAGAUUAUGAUGCACGACGACAUUGUGUUCCUGAUUUAAUGUUUAGUGCUUUGCGCAUAUAUUUUUUUUUUUCAAUUUGUACCUUACUAUGUUUACAAUUAUUUUGUUUCUGAUAAGUUUAGCUUAGUUUUGCCUCACAGGUUUUCAAUAAAUAAUAUUAUUGGAAAUAAAAA